UCUGGUAGCAAGUUUGGGAUUUUUUUAGUAAAUGACUAUUCACUGUCCUACUCCAUUGAUGGUUGUUUUGGAUUUAUUUACUUGACUUUUAGGAAAACAUAAUGUACAGUCUAGUCACAUUUAACCAAGUUAACCAAGGUGCGAUGAUAAUUCAUCCAACGUUGAGGAGGCACAACUGAGUCAGAGUUGGUUUGCGGUGAUUGAUUUUGUAAAUGUGUUGAAUCAUAGUGCACUGAAGCUUGGUGAAGAUCAAGAAUUUGAGUAAAUUAUUUAGUAAUUGCUGUGAGAAGUAGAGCACACCAGAAGGAUGGAGGAAUCAGAGUUUAAACAAUUGCUAGUGAAACUUUCUGCUGAAAUCAAAAAGACAGAGUACAUAGACAUGUUGAGGAUUCUGUACACAGGUUUUGAAUUGAUUACUAAAGUAGAAUUAGAGAAGGCUGAAACGGCCCUUCAUUUAUUCCACUUAUUAAUAGCACCAGGAAUUUUGAAGGCAACAGACAUUUCAGUUUUGUUUGAAACUAUUGAACUAACUGGAUUGAGAUAUUUGAAGGAGAUUAUUGAGAGGUAUGCGACAUAUCCAGGUGAAGUGAAGAUCACUCGAUUUUCAGCACAUCGUCAACGUAUUGUUGCUCUUGGAAGAGGCUUCUCAGUUGAAGAUGUCCAGAAGCUUAGUAAAUUAUAUGGAGGCAAGGUUUCUUCUAAUCCAUGGAAAUUGAUUCAGCAUCUUGAAUAUACAUCUACAGUUUUAACAGAAGAUAAUAUGCCAUCAUUUACUCAACGUUUGAGAGACAGUAAUGUAAAUGAAGGUUUCAACCGAAUGCUUUUGGAAAUUUCUGAUGCAAUUAGCAAGAGAGAUGAAAAGUAUGUAGACAUGUUAAGAAUUCUGUACACAGAUAUUGCAAGUUUUAGAACUGAAUUGGAGAAAGCUGAAUCUGCCUUUGAUUUAUUCCAAUUACUGAGAGUAGCAGACAUUUUGAAGCCAACAGACUUUUCAGUUUUGUUUGAAACAAUUGAAAUAACUGGAUUGAGAUAUUUGAAAAAGAUUAUUAAGUAUGAGAAAUAUCCAGAUGAAGUAAAGAUCACUCGAUUUUCAGCACAUCGUCAACGUCUAGUUACUCUUGGCCGAAACAUUUCAACACAAAAUCUUCAGAAGCUUUGUCAGAUGUAUGAGGUUCCUGUCAACAUUUCUUCCAAUCAGUGGAAAGUAAUUAAUUUUCUUGAAGGUAGUUUUACUUUGCCAGACCUGCUAAGGAAAUUGGAAAGUGUUGGUAAUGGAGAAGCUUCACCACAGAAAAAACUAAAGUUAGACAAAGGUGAGUCCUGGGUGCUGAAAAUGAAUAGUUAG